GACAUUUGGGAACGCUUUUAAGGGAAACGUUUGGUGGAGCAGUAUGGUUUGGUGCUUACGAAUAUACAUCAGGCUACUUUUUGGUACAGAAAAAACAAGCGAACGAAAAUCUGACUCUCACAAAGGAUAGCCUUAGUACCGGGGAACUUAUGUUUGCUGGAGCGAUGGGAGGAAUGUCAUAUAAUUUAUUAACAUUUCCGGUAGAUUCCAUCAAAAGUCGCAUGCAGACAGAAGAAGAAUCGAUGAAAGCAGCUGGAAAGGCUUUCGAUAAGCAAGGGUCAGUUCAAAUUGCGCGACAAAUGUACAAGGCUGACGGUAUUAAAGCGUUCUAUAAAGGUUGUGGGAUGACUGUCGCUAGGAGUGCACCAUCAAGCGCGUUAAUAUUUUUGACAUAUGUAAGUGCAUCUCUGGUGUUUGAUUCACGCAAUAGCCUCCGACAAUUUGUAAAAUGA